AUGCUUGCUAUUCUUGAGAACGGUCUUAUUGUAAAAGAGGUAGAUAAACCAUACAGAGACUUGAGUGAAUACGUUGAGAAGCUAAGGAUUCUUCGUCAAGAGUAUACGAAUUCCGCCAUCAAACCAGUUGUGAUUGGGGCAUCAGUGAGCCUUUAUCUAUCAGGUGGCAACUAUCGUUUAGCCAGAGCUAACGGAGCUCUUAGCCGGCAUGUCAAAGAUAUUACAACUAUUAAUCAGGCCCGUUCGUCAUGUGUGAGUGAAGAAGAUGCCGAGAAGAGUGGAAAUAGUCAUCUUGAUUCGGCACAAGCACAACCACUUAAGUUCCCUCCUGUUACUGCCUUUCCUCCCACGAAUGGUGGCCAUGUUCCAUCACCAUUCACCAACGAUCUCUGUUUUCCUCCACCUGAUUUCAUUAAUAAAUCCCUUCCUCCACCUCCACUUGGCUCUACUUUCAGCCAAAACAACUUCCUGUCAUUUGUGGUGGACAAGGAGCAAGAAAUCCAUCUCAUACUUCUCCCAAUAUCAAGUUUCCAGAGGAAGAUUUCGGGAAUCAUUGCUCGAGUCGCUGAAGUCGCUCUCACAGCAGGGAUUAUCAUCAUGGCUGUCAGAGGAAAGUCUGAUCUCAGACAUUCCUUCCAGGCAGUCUUCGAAUGCCCCGAAUCAUCCUCACGUUCAAGACGAAAGGUAGCAACUGGGGAUUCAAGGGGACGUGGAGGAGGAGGAGGUAGUGGAAAGAAGUCCUAUCGAAGCAGUCAUCGCAGUGGCCGUCAUCGUCGAUCACCAGCACCACGUAGGAAUCGAUCACAUUCUACAUCUCGAAGAUCUGCUCUUCCGGAAGUUUGGAUUCAUUCAACUUUGACGACACCUGCUAAUCUACAGGAAGCGAUUUCGACUGCAGCCGCUGAUAUCAGUGUGAAACAGCGUCGAUCUUUCCUCGGUGUCUUCUAG